AUGAGCUACAUAAGUCCUCGUAUUAUCGUAUCUACCCUAAUACGAGCUUAUAAGGUCAGGUCCAAACGUAUCCUUACUGAGGUUAGUGAGCAAUCACUAGUAGCAACCACCACUAGGAGUAUCCCCCUCACCGCAUUCAAUUUCAGUCCACAACAAAUAGCAUUAACACUGUUCCAUUUGUCACAAAUUAACCAUAAGUCCACAUCUACAAGUUGUUUUUACCCCCUAAUCCAACGAUUUCUUACAUUACCUUGCACUCUGACCGACCCUUAUCUCACUUUACCCAUUCUACAUUCUAUCCAACAAUCAAGAAUAGCACUCAAACCAUCAGGUAUCAUUCAAGAUUUCAUAUCUAGCGUUUUGAAACGGGAAAUCAUAACUCAAUAUCUCAAUUCAAUUACUAAUACCGCAUCAUUGAUUUAUUUAGUGGACUCCAUCGGACGUUCCAGUGGGCACGCCGGUGAAUUGCCUUUUUAUCAGCCUAAAGUGAUUAUAUCCCAGGUCUUAGAUUAUUAUUCUGGCACAAAUUCUUUUCAAAUUUUAUCUGAACAGAAUUUUUCGGAAACUGAGUCACUAGCCUCCCUAGUUACACUCUUAACACUAGGUAGUCACCACGGGCUAGAUAUAUCAAAAUAUUCUAACUUUCUGCCAUUAAUGCUAAGAAUUGAUACUAAAAAAUUCCCCAAACACACUCUAAUCGAUGCAUUAGAGAUUACAGCAAAUGUUUCUACAUUUAAUGAGUUUUGUACCCAUACAUUGACAGAAUUAUCGGGUUUUGACGAUUUUAGCGAUUAUCCUAGACACUUAUUGCAAAGGGUACUUUUGGUAGCUGCUUCUAAAACCUGGAAAAAUUUGAAGCUUCUGGAUAAUAUAUCUCGAGUACUGUGUGAAACUUCCCACACAAACAUUGGUAUUUCUUCAAUUGUCGCGUGGUUGGAAGCAUUCAAACAAUUGAAUUAUCAGAACAAAUCUGCACUGGAAUUAUUGUUAAGACAGGCAUUGAGUGUCAAAGGCGGGAGUGAUAAAUAUCCAAUUAUUUACCAGUUGUUCAGGGAUUUGCAGUUUGAACAUUUUUUAUUGUCCAGAUUGCAAAUAUUAGCCAUUCAUCCUCGCAAUCACAAUCCCAGUGACAGUGGCAUUGGUGACAGUCAAGUAGCUAUAAAAGACAUUGGCUCUCCGAUUAACAAUAAAGGAAUAGAAAUAACGGAUAAAAAAAACGCCGCCAUCGAAAAAUUGCUUCUUACCACCUCAAAGGACACAUCUCCCAAAACAUAUUCUAAAGUCAAAGUUGGACAUAAUACUAAAAAAUUUCCUACAGUUGCAAAUGAUAUAAAAACCGGUAAAAAUGUGAAAUUGCUUCGGAAAACAGAGAGAAACAGGGAAAAUAUUGCCAAAUUUUGGAAACUGAGUCACAAACAGUUCACCAGGAAGGGUAUAAGAGAUCAUAAUUGGAGAUUAUCUAUCUCAGGUAACACAUCACGCCCAUAG